AUUGGGAAGGUGUGUGUUAGCUGGUUUUAGAGAAGCUAGUGCAUAGUAAGAGAUACAAGAUUCUUGAGUGAAGUUUUUCCGAAAUUUCACCAUGAGUACGGAAAUACCAACGGACGCCCCUCACGCUAGGCUAGCCUGUCUUAAAAAGUGGUCCGAUUUCAAUGGCUAUGGUUUUAAUCUCCACGCUGAAAAGGGAAAAGCUGGCCAGUUCAUAGGGAAAGUUGACGAAGGUAGUCCGGCCGAGUACGCGGGUCUACGUAAGGGUGACAGAAUAGUGGAGGUGAACGGGCAGAAUAUUGCCAAUCAAAAUCAUGGGCAAGUUGUGGAAUUAAUUCGGCGGUCAGGAGGACAAGAUGAGGUCAGUCUUCUCGUGGUGGACAAACCCACUGAUGAAUAUUAUCUUAAGAGGAACAUGGUUGUGCGCGGUGACAUGAGUGCUGUAGUUGACAAGAAUGUCACCCCUGUGCCAAGACCAGAAAAAGGGUCUUUUCAAGAAAAUCACACAAAUGGGGAAGUGAACGUGGAAGUGUCUGCCGCUACCGUGGUGUUAACUGAGGAAGACCAUAAAGAUGAAACAACGGUCGUUACUGAAGAAGUCAUAACGAGUCACGUUGUCACGCACGAAGAAUCUGCGCCACCAGAACGGGAACCGACUCCCGAACCUGUCCGGGAACCGACUCCCGAACCCGUCCGCGAACCGACUCCCGAACCCGUCCGAGAACCGACACCCGAGCCAGAAGUCAACAAUGUCCAUCAAGAAACAGUCCAAACCACGGAGACGGUAACUACAACAGAAACAGUCACAACUAUAGAGAUUAACCAAAACGAGGACCAAAAAAUAGUUGAGCCCGAACGUACACCAACACCAGAACCCGAACCAGUUAUUGUGUCUGCCCAGACCUAUCACGUUGAGAGCGCCCCCGUGAAAGCUCCUGCACCCCAAGCACCACAGUCGCAGACAAACAAUGAUGCAGCGCUCAAGUUAAACAUGUCCGCCAAGGAAUAUAGAGAACAUCUUCGAAACAACGCCAGGCAUAGCCAAAAGAAUGCCAAUGUCGGCUUCAAAAACAAGAAAGACUAUUUUGAUAAGUUGUAGAGAUUGUGUAUGGUGCAGAAAUUUUGUUAUGGUAACUUUAUGAAAAAUAUAUAAGUUGUUCAUCAAUGCCUCAUCAUUGGGGUCGUUUCAUGUAAUGCAACAUUUGUAAAUGCCUUUGACUUGUUCGUCAUUUUUGCGCAUACAUGUAUGUGAGGCUGAUCGAUAUUUGGUCGGUUUUUCCUGAAAACAAGCAUUUUGGUUUUACAGAAGAUUCUAUGAAACCUUUGAAAAUUUAACAGCUUAAAGUCCAAGUCUUAGGCUUGGUGGUGACUGAGUUAAAGGCAUGUGUUCUAUGCAAGGUUUUUUGUGGUAGACUUCAGUCCUAUUCUUCAGCAGUAAUUUUGGCAAUUUAAAAGGUUAUUUCUAAUAUCAAAGAAAUGAAGGGUGUUUUGUGUCGAGGUGCACCAAAAAUCUUCUUCAUGUAAGAUUUCUGUACUAAAGUAUUAAAGUAUCCAAGCAUAAUUCUGCUGAUUCUAGUAAUUCAUACUGCUUGCAGCUGUUUCUGCACUAAAGUAUCAACGUAUCCCAGCAUAAUUCUGCUGAGUAAUUCCUGCUGCUUGAGCUGUUUUGUUGAAAGGCCAAAUGGCUGAAAUUGGGUGACCAUUAGUGACUGAAAAUGGUUUUAUGUCAGGGAGGAAGGCGGGUUCUUGGUUGCUAUGUGUGUUGCAAUGGAGAUUUGGUUGCUAAGGAUGUUACCGAAGAGCCUUGGUUUCUGUGGAUGUCACCAGGCAACUUUGACUGCUCAAGAUUUUAAAAAAGUUCUGUUGCUUUCAACAUUACCAAAGAGAUGUGAUUGCUAAGGAUUUCGUCUAGGAUGCUUCCUUCAUGUCGGUGUUACUAAAGAGCUUCAGUUGCUAAGGGUGUAACAUGUUUGCUAUGGUGAUAAUCUUGUAUCCCUGAUUGCUCAUAUUGUUGUCAAAUUAUGUUUGUUAGUACGGUUGGUGUUACCUGAUAAACUUUUACCCCCUCUCCUGUUAUUUGGAUGUCUCUAUCUGCAUGUCCUCGUUGACAUUCCUGAAAAGUAUCACAUGUUGAAAAUGUCAUGGCUGACAUCACCGCCCUUUACUACUGCCAUUGUUGUGCCAACAACAUAAUGUGCAAUGUGGGUCGAUGACAUAAAUUUGAUGUCUAAAAUGCAUCUUUUUCUGUUUUGAUUGGUGUCGGCACUAAACCCAGAAUUGUUUCGCUGCUAAAGAUUGUUGUCAAAAGACUGUGGUUGCUUGGACAAAUCUUGUUGCCAGUGGUAACAGUUGUCUAGAUAAGGUGGUGGUGAAAAAUGCAUUCCCGUAAUAUGUUUGUGAUUUAAGUGUUUGUCUAUAAGGGGUAGGGUCUACUGGUGACCACGCACCAGUUGUCUCUAGCAACAUAAAAAUUUCCCUAGCAACCACAGCAAAGUCUGGAGUUUCAUCUAUAGGGCUCGAUUUGUAUUGUUUUGAUGGGUGUGUUAUAACAUUCCGGUUGUGGGCAGAAUUAUAAAAAAUCAUAUUCACUCAUCAUUUCAUCUUUCAUAUACCAAUUGUGUGAACUGCAAAAUUGUAUAUGGUAACCUGUAUAUGGCGCUGACUGUCACUAUGGUGUGGCAUUGUUGUGACAUACAUGACGUCAAUUUUGCUUGACUUUUGCCGUCAUUUGGUGUAUACUUCAGUGAAAAUCAGUGCCGCUCUAUUGGUGUGCCAACACUCUAUUAUUAUCACAGCGAAUCGGUUCCGUCCUUCCCUCGUGCAUGUUCUAGUUAUCCUUUGUAUAACUAAUUUUUCAUGCUUCAACCAACAGAAAUUUCUUUGUUUCUUUGACAAAAGCCUGAUCUGGUAUCAAUGAAAGUUUUUGUAACACUGUUCUUUGGGGAUGAAAUCAGAUUAAUUGUAAGGAUAUACCCAGCCAACUAUUCAGAUAAAUUUUUGUUUUUGUCCAUUCUGUAGAUACUUUGUUAAGAGUAAUAGAAAUAGUAUCAUUAUUUAUUAAUAGGUAGGGAGGAUUUCGACCCUUUCGAUAGAGUAUGGGUACUUGGCUGGUAUUUUUCCAACGAAGGCCUUUAGAAAAUUAGGCUGAUGUAUAGACGCUCCUUGACCUGCUUAAAUAGUAUAACCAUGGUUUGUGCGAGUAAAGUUGAAGGGCUGAAUGGCAUAAACGAUGUAAGUCAUAUGGUUGAUGCAUAAGGACUCAGGUUGUUUUGUCAGGGUCCCUCCUUUGGCCUGAUUCUGUUUUGAAUCCAGAUGUAUCCAGAGUUGUUGGAUCAAAUUGGAGAGUUUUUGACCGAAAAUGUUUGUACCUGAAAGAGAUGAGCACUAUUAAAGUCCAUGAAGACUGACAAGGCCUAUACUCGGCCUUACCGCAAUUGAACAGCUGAUGUUUAACGAGAUGCAUCCUGCCAUUAUCAAGUCCAUUAAUUCACACUCUUCCUGUAUUGAUUUGUUGCCAAGGCGACCGUAUUAUCACAAUGAGAUAUAAGUUGUUAGUGUAAUUGACAUUUAUUAGAACUCUGUAUAUUGAAGAAAUUAAAACGAAUCUUUUUAUAUUUCUUUUUGGGUAUUUGGUGUCAACGAAUGUCAACAUGUCUAUAUGCUAUUGUACAUUUAAAGGGAGAAUAUAGGCAGGAUCCAAGUGUGCCAGAUUAAUUUUCACAAAGUCACUUAUAUAUAGGUGUCUCUACUAUCUCACUGUACAUCGCACUAUCCUUGCUUGUAAAAUUCAAUUUGAUGAACCUGUGUGGGCAUCAAAGGCCGUGUAGAGUAUACGAAUUGAAUUAAACUAUAUUGUUUUCUUUGUUAAAGUGAUGACUGCUGCACAAGAGCAACUAAACCUCUGGCAACUCCAAGUGACAACUGCAAAAAUCAAUCCGUGUAAACCUGUUCGUUUAAGAAAUUGCCUUCUCGUUACUGUAAACUGUGAAAUGUUUGCAGGUUGUUGUUCCUGUGCAGUAGCUUCCUUCAGUUAUUCCAGACAAAUAAAUUUGACUCGAAGAUGUUUUCAUCCUGUUGAGAAAAUAUGAAAUUUAUCAUAGAUGAAAUUAUUAUUUGUAUUGGUGCAAUUCCUCUUAACAAUGAACAAGAACAGAUUAUCAACCCAUGUAGAAUUUGAACUUGGAAAUAUGUAUAGUGUUCACGUUAUCUGUAAAUAGUUCUUCCGGGCGAUUCACUCCUCCCGUGUCCAUAUGGAGCAUCCCAGCAUUGUUAUAGGUACUUGGUUAAUCCAUAUUAGCUGUAAGGGGUUGGGGUCACGUUCCACUAAGCUAUUGUGAUUUUGUAGGACACAGUUUCGAAAAGAAGUAAGCAUCGUUUUUCAUUGAGGUUGAUGGUUAUGAAAAUUCUUCAAAUCGUGAGACAUUUUGUCGUUUUCUGGGAGUAAAUUCAUAAGAACUCCUUGACUUUUAUUUGAAAGGUGUAUUAUUUCAUACAUCGUCCUAAAAUCUGAUGUAUCAUGCUGUAGUCUCAGAAGUAAUCUGAAUUCGGAACAAUUCUAAAUGCAAUCUACUCCUUAAAGCGAACUGGAACCGCCGAGCGAUUUAUUCAACUUUUCGACUUUCACCGCCCGAGAAAGUCGAGUUCAGAUUUGUAGCUCCGCCUCCAGUGCCCGAGCAUGCGCAGUUCAAUUUGUUAUUAUUGAGAAUCAUGUGAGAAUCAUGUGAGAAUCACGUGAGUCAUGCGAUCUUUCAUUCAUGAAUUUUCGUAGUAAAUUUCAUAGUAGUGAUGUCACUGAAUGAUUGACAGGUAGGCGCCAUGUUUCAUUCAUGCCUCGCUCUGAUCACCCGAUACGCGGGAAAUGAAAACGAGAUCAUACGAACUGGCUUGGCGGUUCCAGUUCGCUUUAAAAGGGAAUUGUACCGAUGUUGAAUUUCGUUAACUGUGUCCUGCUUGCUUAUUAUGCUGUUGAUUCUAGUUUGCUUAAUAGAUAGAGAUCACCUUUACCAUUACUUUAUAAGUACAUCAUUCAUGUUUUGAUAUUUGCCCAAGAGAAAUAAAGAUAUCUAAUAUUUUCAAUACAA